GGGAGGAGGAGCCCCCGAAGACCGCUCCAUCAACGCACGCCUCGAGCCGCAGCGCCUCGAGGAGGGCGGGGCCCACUGGCGGGACCCGGCACUUUCUCGGCGCGCCGGCGGCGGCCCGCGGUGCUCCCGCGGGCUGCAGGCGCCCGCGUCAAAAAACACUGCGGUGGCGCCGGGAGGAGUAAGAGGAGGACGACGACGACCGCGGAGGGACGGCGGCAAGGGAGGGAGCGGAGGGGAGGGCAGGAGCAGGCCCCGCCGCCCGAGAAAACAGGAAGCAACCGGCGCCCUCCGCGCCCCCCGCGCGCGCGCGACCACGCCGGGGGCCGCCGCUGCGACUCCUCGGCGAAGCCACGCGGCCGCGUGGCCCGCGGCCGCCCGCCUAGCCCCGGCCCCUCAGAGCUUGCCCACGGUGAGCAUGCGGGCCAGGCCAGCGACGAAGAAAAAGACGAAGAAGACCGAGAAGAACAGGCCAGCCCUCAGAGCGUGGAGGCGGAGGGGAACGCGGUGGCUUUCAAAGGUUUUGACAGCUGUCGGCAUCCGUCGAGCGGUUUUCGG